AUGCGCAUUUCAUCCGAUACCUAUCCGUUGGCGGAAGAGGUGCUCCUGCUGAACAGUUUAGCGGCACACAAGGCUGUGCUUCAGACCAACUGCUACGACUUCAUCAACCCGCCAUUCUUUGCACGAUUAAUUAGGGAAUUAGCAGGAGUCGGGGUAAUAUUGGCGGAUGGGGAAGACCACAAGGCAAAACGCCGCUUGAUAGCUGGCCCCUUCUCCGUCCCAAGUGUCAGGAAGAUGUUGCCUGUAUUCCAAAGCAAGGCUAAGGGUCUUUCUAUUGCAUUCACGGCCGCUCUGGAUGGUUAUACGCAGGGCUCCAUCCAAUUCAUGCCACUGAUAACCAAGGUGACUAUGGACAUUAUAGGGGUUACAAGUCUCGGGGUCGAAAUCCAAGAGCUUUUUUCGUCAAAGUUGAAUAUCGGCUUGCCUGAGCUAUACGACAGGCUUCUGCACCAGGACCCUCUGGGCACGCUCAUAUGGAUUGUCAACUCAUUCCUACCAAUUCGCCGUUUUGUGCCGCUGCAGGCGAACUGGAAAUUCGUAGAAGCAGGUCAGGAAUUGCGUUCACUGCUUCGAAGAGUGAUCAAAAAGCGCAUCCACGACAUGGGGGCGCGGGAUAAGAUUGCAGAAAAGUCGGAAAGUAGAGAUUUGCUGACAUACAUGAUAAAAGAGGCGCAUCAAAUCGAGGAAGAGACUGGGGAGUGGUGCUGGACUGAAGAUGACUUCCUCGAAUUGCUUUUAAAUUUCACACUUGCAGGCCACGAGACAUCGGCGAAUGCACUUGGAUGGGCCAUGUAUGUGUUGGCAACGAAACACGACGUCCAGGCCAGGUUGAGAGCAGAGGUUCAGGGGCUGCUAGAAAAGCACUCCGAGCCCGACUACGACCAUCUGCACGCCCUUCCGUAUAUGCACAACUUCUGUCGCGAAAUCCUGCGGCUAUAUUCCCCAGCGUACAUGGCAUUUCGUGCAGCAGAACACGACAUUGUAAUCGAAGGCACCUUCAUCCCAAAAGGAACGACCAUCAACAUCUGUCCAGCUGUAGAGAAUUUGAACCCACACCUAUGGGGUGAGGACGCGGGGGUAUUCAAUCCGGACCGGUGGGGUAACCUCACGGGCGAUGCCGUUAGUUCUUACGCGUUUGAGACGUUUAUUCAGGGUCCGCGGAUCUGCCCUGGUAAGAAUUUUGCCGUCACGGAGAUCAAGGCCAUCUUGGUCGAGCUUGUUAGAAAGUGGCGAUUCGUUGGGAUCGAGAAGAAUGACGGGAGACGGGAGCUAUUGACUGGCGGAGAGGAGGAGAUUGGAAGGGGCGUCAGACUUGAAAACCCCUCUCUUACUUUUAUUCCGGCUGGGGGAUUGCGGGUUAGAUUUGAACCUCUCUGA